AUGCCUAUCGCUGCCAGUGUUGUUUCCGUCCACUUGAAUUCGUCAAUGCAUCACUUCUGUUCUAUCAAAGCUAUAAAUUGUCAUAACCACGGACAGUCCUUUUUAGGACUGCUGCAUGAUUCAUUCCUGAAACAUUCUCACAUUCACUCUAUCACAUUGUGCUUCACGCGCACAUGUCAGUCACUUUGCUGGCGUAACUUGCAGUUGCCUACUUACAUCAAUUACCGUUUUAAAUUUAAGAGAAUGCGAAGUCGGCGUGCAUGGCUUCUAAUCACGAUAAUAUUAUCCACACUUCUACCUCCAAUAGACUCGAAGAGGGGUGGUAUAUUGGGUGGAUCACGGGCCAGAGGUUCGUCUGCUUCCCGAGGAGGAAGCGGCGGUGCGCUCUUCGGUGGAGGUUCUAAGCCAAUGCGAACGAGUAGCGGAGCAAACGCUUAUCACAGAAAUCUCGGAGGAGUUCAUCAGCAGAGACCCCACCAACAAAGUCACGGCCAAGGAUGGGGAGGUACGGGCGGUGGAUGGGGCGGAGUAGGACGACAAGGACAGCAUGGCAUGGGAUCUGGAGGAUGGGGCAGUCGUUCUCAUAGUCCAAAGUCAAGUGGACUUGGUAAAAUCCUUGGUGGAAUAACUGGAGGAAGGCAUCAGCACAGAGGUCAUAGAUUCUCUUCGCAUGGAAUUGGCUCGCGUUCUCGUUCGAACACUUUCAAAAACAUGAUUGUCGGAGCUGCAGCCGGGUAUCUCACCUACCAGGCGGGAAAAGCCAUCAUCCGGUCGAUGGCCGGACCAAUGAUGUGGAACAACCGUCCCUACUAUUGGGGAUCGAGCUACUAUCGACCACAACGUGGCCAGGAGAAUAUCUGUCGGAUGCCCAUUGACCCGAAUGAUCCACAGUUCGGCAACGUCUACCAACCGGACGGAGUCACACGCCCGCACGAAAUCGUGUGGGGCUGCGGGUACUACGAGUACUGCUGCGGCUAUGAGUGCUGUCGUGGAGGUGGUGCUGGCGCCAUCGGCUACAGUGCUUCUGUUGGAUAUUGA